ACAUAUCUCAGUUUUCAGUUCGGAUCAGUCGAAGCAACAAGACUUCUUAUAGUACUUCUAAAAUUCUGAAAGUUUGCGCUCUUCAACUUCUUUGCGAGAUCGAGUCAUUCUCGACAUGAUUGAGGUUCGUGACGGAUUGAACAGCCCGCGGCUGCAGGGCGGCAGGGAGGAGGGGGAGGUGAGUCAGUCGCCGUUCCCGGACAAGUACCACAUGAGGAACACGCGGGUGCUCCGAGUGUCGAAGGCCCAGAUCAGCGAGGUGCCCAUGGAGGUGCUCGAGGCGGCCCAACAGGAGCUGGUCAACAUCGUGAGCUUGGAUGGCAACACGCUGCGCGAGAUGCCCAAGGAUCUGCACUUGCUGGCCGAGCAGCUCACCCAGUUGAUCCUGACCAAGAACCAGAUCUCCUUUGUGCCCACCAACAUCUCGCAGUACUCCAAGCUGACGGACCUGAACCUCUCCGGCAAUCUCCUCUGCGACUUGCCCAUGGAGUUGGGCGGACUGCGGCUGCUCCGAAACCUGGACAUCUCCCACAAUCGCUUCCGCCAGCUGCCACGCUGCAUCUACGAGCUGGAGAGCCUCGAGUCCCUGUCGGCCCACGACAACCAGAUCCGUGCCAUCGAUGCCAGUGACUCCGGCUUUGGCGGCAUGCGGGAACUGCAUAGUCUGGACUUGGGCAACAACGACAUCCAGAUAGUGCCGCCGAUCAUGGGCCAGAUGCGGAACCUCAGGAGCCUGGAGCUGUGCGGGAAUCCCUUCCGCCAGCCCCGCCACCAGAUUCUAUCGAUGGGCACUGAGGCGGUGCUCAGCUACUUGCGCACCCGCAUUCCCAUAUAAAUCGGAGAUUGUGUUAUUGCAUUUCAAGAAAUUGCAAAGUAUUGUUUAAUAAACAGAUAGUUAUGCAUUGUAAUCGCAA